AUGUUCAGUUUAAAUGAAAAUUAUUACCUUAGAAAAUGUUUCCUUGAGAGAGGACAAGUUCCUACUCAAUCAACAAUGAAGGAAAAGAUGUCGCCCGCUUUAGCAAACGUUUAUUUUAAAAGCAUGAUACCCAAACUAAAAUUACUGGCAGGUCUUGAGCCUCCUAUGAAAGGAGCUGGAAAAGACUGGUUUGUUCCACCAAAGGACUUAUUAGAAGGCAGAACAGUUAUGAAACCAUUCAAAAGGGAAUGCAUGAAAGAAUGGAAUUGCUAUGGCGUUGAUAAAGUUGCCAUGAAACUGAUAGAAGAAUAUCACCUUCAGAUGAGGGAAGAAUGUAACCGAAAAUUACAUGAAAGUGAUCUUGAGUGGGAGCGAAUUGUAGAAGAACUCAGUUGCGAAAUGUGGAAUAAAUGUUCGAAAACCGAAGCUAGCUAUAACACAGAUUAUCUCCGAAAUGCUUUUGCUGAAUUUACUAAUUUAUAUACAAAAUCAAUAGUAAAACUAGAAACCUUAAUGUUUGAUGCAACUGUUAAUAAAAUCAAAAGUUUUCGAGAAGAAACAUUCCAAAAAAUGCGGUCAAAAUAUGAGUACUUAUUACAAGAGCAAUCGAUAAUGCUAAGGGAUAGAUAUACCCGAAAACUAAAUGAAGAGAAAAAGAGAAUGAAAACGGAAUUUAUCAGGAAUUUAGAAAUAGCUCGAACUAACUUUGGAGAUAAAUUGCAUGAUAUAAAACUAGAAAAACACGUCGCUAUAGAAAAACUAAGAAAUUACCUGGAAUGCCAAAACUUAGCUUGUCAAAUAUAUGUUGCGUUAAAAGAGCGCCAUGAAUGUUUAGCGGAAAUCGAAUUGAAGAAACAUGAGCACACCAAAACAGCCAAAGCUUUGACAAAGACACUAACAUAUAAAGAUUUUGAAGUUAAGCUCGCACAAAAGAAAGACAAGGCCCAAAAAGAAUUUAAUCAAAUAUGGAAGAAAAAAGUUUGUCAUGUCGUAAAAAAUUUCCAAAUGUUUGUAUCGUACUGUCUUAAGAUGUUACCGGAACAAGCAGAUUUUUUUAUCAACAUGGAAACAUUAAUGUUGUUACAACUUAGUGAAGCCUUAGAACAGCCAAGUGCUUAUAGCUUGAUUGAAUUAGACUUCGAGCAAUUCCACACACCCGUACCAAAACCACAUCCUUUUUACCUUUUUUGUGAUAAAAAUUACAAACCAAAUGUAAAUCAGAACUUCUGUCCAAAACAUUGUACCUCUAGUGCGUCACAGUUUCCAGUUAUAAUAAUUAAUAAACGAUGCAUAUACGCAGCCUGUGAUAACUUUGAACAGUUUACAGAUAGAAUAAAACAAUACAUUCACGGCGAAGUUUUGAACGACGCUGAUUUUAAGGAUGACAAAAAUUACGCCUUUACUGUACCUGUGAAUUACACGCCUUCUCGACAGUUGCGUGAGUUAAAAUUGGAAAGCUCUUUACUGCAAGUAUUAGAGCAAGAAAUAACAAACAUACAAAAAGUUAAUUUUAUGUGUUCUGGUUGUCAAAUAGCCCAUUGCUUCGAUUGUGAUCGAGUUAGUUCUCAUAGCCAGCAAACAUUAUUGUCACAGAUUGAAACAAAAAUGCAGGCUUCGUUGCCAUCAAUACCCUCAGGCAAAAAACUUUCGACACGAGAAGCAGAACUUACCCAUGAAAGAGAGCCAAAAUGGGACAGCUACAUGAAAUACGUCCACUCUAAAAAAUGUGAAUGUUCUAAAAUGGCCAAGAAGCAUUUGCAAGAACAUUUACCUACUUACAUGAGAAAAAUGUCUUAUUACGAUGCACCUCAGUUACUAAACUACAAAACUUGUUCUGUUAAACAAUUAAAAAGUCUGGUUAAAGAAGCGAGAGGUAAGAAAGAUCCCAUACCACCUCCACCUAAGGUACCACCUAAAUCAAAGGAUAUAGGUACUCAAUGUUCGGACCAUGAGUUUGAGGAGCUAUGCACAUGCUUUUCCGCGGAUUCUCUACUUAAGUUCAUGAAAAUGCUUCCGAAACGCAAACAAGAAUUGUUGCGAGAUGUUGGCCGUUCUAUAUCAGAAUCACUAUUGGCACAAGAACGUAUGGCCUUUUCAAGGGAACGCGCGUAUUCUUUAAUGCAAUUGAUUAAAGAGGCACCUGAUGUGAAAGAAAUAUUUAAAAGACAAGACUGUGAAUUCAAAUAA